GAGGGAGGGCCGGGCUGAUGAAUAACUGUGUUGACGUUACACUUUCCUGUUUCACAGCUAGAAGCUGUAAUGUAGUCAUACUCAUUCAUAGAGCAGGAGAGUCACCUGCUCUGCCGUCACAGAGGACAGACGUAUGACCAGCUUAGGAGAAGGAGCUGUAAUGGCUUCCACAGGUAACAUGUUACCAGAAAAACAGUUCCAGUGCACCAUCUGUCAGCAAGUGUUCACUGACCCGGUCACCACUCCCUGCGGACACAACUUCUGCCAAGCCUGCAUCCAGAGAGUGUGGGACAGCAGUGAUGUCUGCCAGUGCCCCACCUGUAACAAAUCCUUCACCCCUCGGCCUGAGCUAAGCAUCAACACAGCCUUCAAAGAGCUGGCGGACACAUUUAGAAAGAUGGUCGUCUGCUCGUCUGCUUCGCCUCUGUCUGCAGCCCAACCAGGCGAGGUGGUGUGCGACGUCUGUGCUGCCACAUCCCUGCAGGUGAAAGCCCUGAAGUCCUGUCUGGUGUGCCUGACGUCGUAUUGCGACGCCCACCUGGAGCCUCACCAGAGAGUCUCCACCUUGAAGCUGCACAAGCUGAUCGAGCCGGUGAAGAACCUGCAGGACAGGAUGUGCAAGAAGCACGAGAGGCUGCUGGAGAUGUUCUGCAGGGACGAGCAGAAGUGUGUGUGUCGGUUCUGCACCGAGACUGAGCACAAAGAUCACCAGGCUGUUACUAUAGAGGACGAGAGUGGCAAGAGAAAGGUCCAAAUGAAGAAGACUGAGGCAGAUUUUCAGCAGAUGAUUCAGGAGCGUCUGAAGAAAAUAGAGGAGAUGAAAAGCUGUCUGAAGCUCAGCACGGUGAGUGCAGAGAGGGAGACGAAGGAGAGUGACCGUCUCUUCACGUCUCUCAUUCGCUCCAUUGAGGAGAGGCGAACUGAAGUCAACACAGAGAUCAAGGAGAUGCAGAAAGCGGCAGAGAGGAGGACGGAGGAGCUCACUGACGAGCUGCAGCAGGAAAUCAACGAGCUGCAGAAGAGGAACGCUGAGCUGGAGGAGCUGAGGAACACUGAGGACCACCUGCACCUCUUACAGAGGUUGCCUUCUCUCACAACACCUCCACCCACCAGAGAGUGGAUGGAGAUUGGUGUCCACCCUGAACUCUGCGUGGGGACUGUGAGGAGAGCACUGUCUCAAGUGGACAACAACCUGAGGAAUGAGCUGGAAAGCCUGAAGAAAGAAGAGCUAAAGAGGAUGCAGAAAUAUGCUGUUGAUGUAGUGUUAGACCCGGACACCGCUCAUCCGAACAUCGUUUUGUCAGCCGACGGGAAGCAGGCGGGCCGCGGCGAGCUGCUGCACAUCGUUCCCGACAACCCCCGGCGCUUCGACCCCGUCAUCUGCGUUCUGGGCAACAGAGGCUUCCUGUCUGGGAGGUUCUACUUCGAGGUUGUGGUGGGGGCAAAGACCUUCUGGGACCUGGGUGUGGUCAGAGAGUCCGUCAACAGGAAGGGGAUGAUCACCUCCAAGCCUGAGAAUGGCUUCUGGACGAUGCGGCUGAGGAACGGGAACGAGUAUCGAGCUCUGGAUUCCCCCUCUGUCCCUCUCUCUGUCAGGGAGCGGCCGCAGACCGUUGGGGUGUUUAUAGAUUACGAGGCGGGGACGGUGUCAUUCUUUGACGUGGAAAACAAGUCUCACAUCUACACCUUUACUGCGUGUUUGUUCUCUGAGAGGAUCUUCCCCUUCUUCAGCCCAGGAGUUUGCGAUGAUGGGAAAAACACGGCGCCAUUGGUUAUCACAGCUGUCAAUCACAAGACUUAAGGCCUUUUCACACUGAGGGUGUUUUUUUAACUUCAACUCAAAUUUAGUUUUUCCGAAAGGAGGUCGAUUUUUCCAAGAUUUCACACCGCGAAUAAAGGUAUCACAAUCACACAGACUGCCAGAGGAAGCUCUGGGUCCAUCGAUCCCAGUAGGUGGUCCCAUGCCUCUUCAGAUGCAGUGGUCACAUCCCCAACUGUGACCUCAAACUGUCCCACAAACAUCCUAAAAAACAUGUCCACAAUCAGCCAUGGUGAAACUUCAGCUUCUGUAUAUUCACGGGCAAAGUAUCUCGCAUUUUCACGUUCUAUAUUUGCAUUGUGCUGCAUGUGAAAAGGCCUUUAGACUUGAGGAUAAAUCUUCUGGUGCUACAAGUGAUGUUUUGACUUAUUCAUUAUUUUAUAGUUAAGUCUUUCUCUUUAUCUGAACAUACAUCAACACUUCUCAGAGAUUUUACCCCACAGCCUCAAAGUUGGGAGUGGGAGUAAUGCACAUUGUAAGAACAGUUUGUAGGAGAUUUUUUGAUUGGAUUUCCUUACCAGCCAGUCAAUUAUUUUUAGUAAUCAACCCCGAUCCAUGAUAGUAUAGAAGCACUGGCCUGUGCUCACAUUGUGUCGAGCUCAGGCAUGGUUUUUGUUCUGUGUACCGUGCCCGCUUGAAGAGGUGGGCUCAGGCUCGGGCACGGUACACAGUCAAACUGAACUUUGGGGAGCAAGCGUACUCAUGAAUACACCUUUAAAACCCAUGCAACAUUAUUUUGUGCAACCUUUUUUAUAUGUUAUACAGGAUUAUUUGCCAUUACGUUUUGGUUAAAUGAUAAUUUUCUGCGGUUGAAUGCUGAAAAAACUGACUCUCACCAUUGCUCCAGAUAGCGCCAUCCCAAGGAUCAAACAGUUCCUUGUCUUUAGACAAUCAUGUCAGGUUAUCUUUUCUUGUCUGGAUUAUUGCAACUCCCUUUUUAAAUCAACUAAUCCCAGGAAGAGCUCUCAUAUCUCUCUCAUUUUAAAAUUUCAUUGACUCCCUGUCAGUUUUUCAGUCCAUUUCAAAAUUCUUGUUUUAACUUUUAAAGCUUUGAAUGGUAAUUCGCCACCAGUACAUCUAAGCUUUUAUCGACUUACUCGUCGCUUUGUUUUAGUGACUCAGAGGAGGCUUUUCAAUAGCAGAAACAGCUAAAGAUUCCUUUUUAGACAGGAAUUUUAUUUUUUGGUGCUGGCAAGCUGAGGAUAGUAUUGUAACAUGUAUUUGCAAUGCAGAUGUUUAAACAGAAUUUUGAAUUUUGUCUGUAUUCUGGGGGUGCUUUAUCCUGAGCUGAUUGCAACUUUAACCUUGAUAAUUGUGAUAAGGUUAUAUUAAGGCUAUUAGGACUGUCAGAAAUACUACGAAAAUAAGCCUGGACCAGCAUGUUUCAAUCAGUGUUCCUCUGGUGACUUGUUUUUGAAAUAAAGACAGAUUAAUUGUUCUA